UCUUCUCGCAGUCUUGCUGCUGCACCACACGACUAGCGUUGUGUACGCCCGAGGACAAACUCACAGUCUAGCUAAUAUGUCCACUGCGGCCUUUACAAUAGCAGAAACCGAUGAGCAGUCCGUGUACACCGAGCGCCGUCAAAUCAAAGUGCUACUUAACGAUCUGACGGAUUAUCCGUUGGAUCCGACCGUGAGGCCACCGGUUCCAGUGACUAUAUCAUCCAACUAUCGCAACAACGUCCAGCGUGUGCGAGACUUUCAAGUGUUCGAGGAUGAUGUUUGGAUUGUGACAUUCCCGAAAAGUGGCACCACCUGGGCGGAGGAGAUGACCUGGCUGAUCAACCACGAUCUCGACUACGACACGGCACGGAGCAUCAAGUUAAACUCGCGUUCGACAUUUCUCGAAAUAGGAGCCAUCUCGGAUCUCUUUCCAAUCGAUACGAUUGCAGUGGCUGAGAAGAGUCCGCGACCGCGACAAAUCAAAUCGCACCUUCCGCUCUCUCUUCUACCACGCCAGCUUUGGACAGUGAAACCGAAGAUCGUCUACGUCGCACGCAAUCCGAAAGAUGUGGCCAUCUCGUUUUUCCAUCAUUACCGUGUGUUUGUAGGGUACAAUGGAACGAAGGAGACUUUCUUGACCGAGCUUCUGGCCGAUAAGGUUACCUAUUGUCCUAUGGUGCCCCAUGUGCUUGAUUUUUGGGUCCUCAAACAAGAACCGAAUGUACUGUUUCUUACAUAUGAAUCAAUGAAGCGGAACCUAAGAGGCUUGCUACCGGAAGUAUGCCGCCACUUUAAUAAAACAUACUCCGAGGCACAGCUGGACGAACUGGAUGUUCAUUUGUCGUUCAACGAGAUGAAAAAAAACCCGGCCACCAACAAGGAAGAUGUAGUGCGCAACGCUCUUGCCAAGGAUAAACGCGAGAAUGAACAGUUCAAAUUCCUACGCAAAGGCAUCGUCGGAGAUUAUCGCAACGAGCUGCCGGAAGAGUUCAACAUCAGGUUCGAUCGUUUCAUUGCAGAGCAACUGUCUGGAAGUGAUUUCCGAUACGACUACGAUUGAGAAUGACGCACGAAUAAACAGCAUUUCUGUUUUGCUUCAGUCUGUAUCGCACGGUCUUUUAAUUAUACAUAUAUGGUAUCAAGAACUAAGUAUAGCAAGAAGCUAACGACCGAAGAA